GAAAGACAGACAGACAGAACUGUACCCUCCUUUUCUUUUUCUGAAUGCUAAAUGGAGGAAAGUUUUCAAUGCAGAAUCAUGAACACCAAGCAAAAUUCAUGGAGAAAUCAUCAUUGGUUGUCAUUGCUUCGAUUAAAUCACUUUUUUUUUUUUUAAAUAUUCUUUCAUUUUGAACCACCGACCAAACAGUAAUUCCACCAGAUAAAAUCCCUGAGGUCUCUGUGACCAUCAUUAUUCGGGUGUGGAUUUUACAGAAUUUUGCCAUUCUGGUCAAUGCGUUUGUAUCAGUAGACUGUAGACCGUAGACCAUCCUUACAAACGUGUCUCCAUUAAGACUCUUUGUCGUUGCGUAUGGCUUUUUUCUUUUGGUUGUUUGUAAAUUAUAAGCUAAACGUCAAGAAUUGAGAGCUAGAACGCCGAUCUCUUUGUUACUUUUCUUUGUUCCUGGUUCUUGGGUUUCUGUCAAUUCUUCUUCCUUCCAUCUCGAUCUUCAUUUCUCCCUAUCUGGGUCUUUAAUUAUUGAAGCUUUUUCCUUGAAAUUGAUUGGUUCGAUAUUAUAAUAUUGGGUCACAAGCACAAGUAUUAGGGGACUUUGCUUGAUUUUCUUCUUCUUUUUAAUCUUGAUAUCCCAGUUUUUUUGUUGUAAAUUAUUUGUGAUCAGUUGUCUCUAUGAAGAUUUAGUUGAUUUAUAGGCUUUCUCAUCUGGGUUUUAUAUUAGCUUAUUUCAUAUUUUAUCAUUUUAAACAGAGUAUCGAUAAGUUGGUUUUCAAAUUUUGUUGUUUGGGCUGUUAGGAUUAAUAAGAUUAAGAAGCUUAUCAUUUAAAAUAAAAAUUAAGAGAGUUCCAAUUUGGUUUCUAUCCGCUUUUACAGGUUAGUACUAUUUAGUUUAUAAUUUACUUGAAUUUCAUCUUCCAACUCAAUAAUUGUAGAAUUGUGAAGUUGAGUUUUUAUGAAUUACGGAUAUUCUGGUUGUACAGAAUACGAAGUUAGCUGCUUUAUAGAUUUUGUAUAAAGUUUCAUAUCUGUAUUUGGAGAAGUUUUCGAGACAUUAAAAAGAUGACAAUUGGAAAUCAAGCUCCCAAAAAGGAGAGAAAGUCGAGGAAGAGCAAACCAGUUAAUGAGAAUGCUCCCUUGUUGCCCAAAAGUAAAGAGGAGGAUGCUGGUUUUGAUGAGUUUGAUGGAGCUUCCUUUACUGGAGCAGUGUUCAAUUUAUCAACUACCGUAGUUGGUGCUGGAAUCAUGGCACUGCCUGCUACCAUGAAAGUAUUAGGCCUUGGCCUUGGGGUUGCUAUGAUCAUCUUUAUGGCCUUCUUGACAGAGGCUUCAAUUGAGUUGCUACUUAGGUUUAGCAGGGCAGGGAAGAAUGCUUCUUAUGGAGGACUUAUGGGUGAUGCCUUUGGAAAGUAUGGGAGAAUAUUGUUGCAAGUUGCUGUUUUAAUCAACAACAUUGGUGUACUCAUUGUGUACAUGAUUAUCAUUGGGGAUGUGCUGUCUGGAACAUCUUCAAGUGGACUUCACCAUGCUGGUGUGCUUGAAGGGUGGUUUGGUGAACGCUGGUGGACUGGACGAUUCUUUAUCCUUCUUGUCACAACACUUGCUAUAUUUUCUCCACUUGCUUGCUUUAAGCGAAUUGAUUCUUUAAGAUUCACAUCUGCCUUAUCAGUUGCUCUGGCAGUUGUGUUUCUCGUCAUCACUGUGGGAAUCACUACUGUCAAGUUGAUAAAUGGAAGCAUAAUGAUGCCCAGAUUGCUACCCAAUGUUACAGAUUUGACAUCAUUCUGGAAACUCUUCACUGCAGUCCCUGUUCUUGUCACUGCAUACAUCUGCCACUACAAUGUUCACAGCAUAGACAAUGAACUUGAGGACUCCACUCAGAUAAAGGCAGUUGUGCGAACAUCACUUGCUUUAUGCUCAACUGUAUACAUAAUGACCAGCAUUUUUGGAUUCCUUCUAUUUGGUGAUGGAACUCUUGAUGAUGUGCUUGCCAACUUUGAUACUGACCUCGGCAUUCCUUACAGUUCCCUGCUUAAUGAUGCUGUUCGAGUUAGUUAUGCCGCUCAUCUCAUGCUAGUAUUCCCAAUUGUCUUCUAUCCCUUGCGACUCAACUUGGAUGGCCUCCUAUUUCCCUCAGCAAGGCCUCUUUAUCAGGAAAAUAUGAGAUUUGCAUCAAUCACCAUUGGGUUGAUUGCUUUGAUCUUCUUGGGUGCUAAUUUCAUUCCAAGCAUCUGGGAUGCUUUCCAAUUCACUGGAGCAACUGCUGCAGUUUGUCUUGGGUUCAUUUUUCCUGCUUCCAUCACUCUUAGGGAUCGCCACAAUAUAGCAACAAAGAGGGACAAGAUCUUAUGUAUUUUCAUGAUUGUCCUUGCCGUGUUCUCAAAUUUGGUGGCCAUCUAUAGUGAUGCCUAUGCGUUGAUUAAAAAGAAUUCUUCACCUCGUGAAUGAUCUGUCAUGUUACUCCAUACUAUUAAAUUAACCAAGAGUUGGUCAUCUUUCGGUUAAGAGACCUCGAUUGGCAGAAUAUUUUUCAGUGCAACUUCAAAUUUCAGGGUCCUCUAGGAAGGUGUUAAGCAACGUGUAAAGUCACUUUGCUAAAGACAGCCAAUGUCUCUAAACCCUUCUGGACCUCUUACUUAUGCAUCGUUGUACUGGUUUGUGCUUUGUUCUGGGUUUUUUUUUUAUUGUUGUGUGGAUCAUAAUAAAACUGUAAAAAUGAAGAUAUAUAAAUAUAUUUGCAGUGCA